CGACGGCGACGCCGCCGAUCCACGCGCAUGUCGCGGCCGCAGAUCGCCUGCGUUGCGUUGCGUUGCGCGCGAGGUUGUGCCGUGCCGUGCCGGGGGACGACAGAUAGAUAGAUAGAAGAAGAAAAGCCUGGUGCGUGCGUGCGUGCGCGCAUCUGGUCCGGAGCAGGAGCCUGACUGGAGCUACAGCCCGGCCGAGACCGACGACCCCGCGCGUGUCGCCGUAGCGGGCGCGCACAUGGCCACACAUGACUUGGCGCCUCGGCGUCCGCCUAUAUCAAUGCCCGGGCGCGGGGCCCGGCCACGCAUCCGCCCACGAUCCAUCCCCCCUCGCGUCCGAGCCCUCGGAGCGCCGCGCCCGCGCUAAAAGGAAAAGGGCGCCGGAGGAGCAGGGCCAGGGGGGACGCACGCACACACGCACGCAGCCGCCACCACCGCUCCGGCCCACCCCGCGCCCCGCUUUGCUCUGUUCUGCGCGCACCAACAAUCACCAGCGCGCGCGCUAGCUCCGUAGCUCCUCUCCGCCGUGCUCCUGCCUCCUGCUGUGCCGAGCCAUCGCCGGUCGUUGGCCAUGAACCGCCCGACGUCGGCGCACCACGGGGGGAUGCCGCCGCCGCCGCAGCUGGCGCGGUACGGCUCCGCGCCGGGCUCGUUCCUCGCCGCGCUGGCCGACUCCGUCUCCCGCGGCGGAGGCGAGGCGCCGGCCUCCCACUCCCACUCCCACUCCCAGCAGCAGCACCACCACCAGCCGGUGGCGGCCGUGGUGAGCCGGUUCUUCUCGGGGGAGUCGUCCGGGCUCACCUCCUGCGAGUCCAGCUGCCGGACGGCGGACGCCCCGGCGGCGCUCCAGCGGGCCUACGGCGGCUCCGGCGAGAUCCACGUGCCGCCGCCAGCCCUCCCGCAGCAGCAGCAGCAACCGGGGCUCCUCCGCCACAGCAGCUCCCCCGCCGGCCUGCUCUCCCGCCUCAUGGCUGACCCGCACGGCAAUGGCGGCGGCAUGGGCGGCGCGAGAGGAGGAGGGAUGGGGGGCGGCUACGCGCACUCGCACUCGCACUCGCAGGGAGGAGCAGGGGGCAACGCGGACGCGAUGGCGGCGGCGCAGCAGAGGAGGCUGAGCUCGCAGUGGAGCUUCUCGAGGCAGCAGGACAUGAUGCCGCACAUCGCGGAGAUGGGGAUGGCCAUGCCCACGCCGACGCCGAUGCCGCCGGCCGACGUCGGGGAGAGCAUCGCCACCGGCCACGGCUCCGGCGACCUCUCCAGGAGCUUCUCCAUGAGCUCCUGGGACGACACCAACUCAAACAUCAUCUUCUCCGCGCCGCCCGGCGGCAAGAAGGCCAAGGUGAUGGCCGACGGCGACGACGGCAUGGUCACCAGCUUCAGCAACAUCGACUCACAGUUUGGCUCGUCUCUGGACAUGCCCGGCAUGGACGACUACCUGCAGCUGCAGCAGGACUCCGUCGCCUGCAGAGUCCGCGCCAAGCGCGGCUGCGCCACUCACCCGCGAAGCAUCGCUGAGAGGGAAAGAAGAACAAGGAUCAGCAAGAGGCUUAGGAGGUUGCAAGACCUCGUGCCCAACAUGGAUAAGCAAACAAAUACUUCAGACAUGCUGGACAUUGCUGUAGACUACAUCAAAGUGCUGCAGGACCAAAUUGAGAAACUAAAACAGGACCAAGGAAACUGCUCCUGCUCAGCCGAUCAGAAGUGCUGACGCCACAGAACCAGAUAUGCGAGGUUAUGUUUGUACUUUGUACCAAUGUGAUUAGCAAGACUAAGUUUUGCUUCCGGGGAUUAAGUUGUAAAUGCCUUUCGCACGUCAAGUAGUCUCCAUGCCCAUCUUCUCCUUCCUUGGUUGUACUAUGGAUUAGCUUCAAUGGCUUCAAGACUACUAGGAGGUGACAAGUAGAAUGUGUUAUAAUUUAAGUAUGUAAGGCAUUGUCAAUCUUUCAUUUCAACGCAAGUUGGAUUUGCUUCUGCUUAUCAUAA